AUGCGCCAGAAUGGUGCAAAACAGAUAGGCAUUGCCAGACAGAUAUUUGUGUUACAAGGAACGCUCCGCACAGUCUUACAGAGGUACGCCCAGUCCAGUGUACCUACACAGAGGCCAAGCCCAAGGCAUCCAGAACUUACCAUAGGGAAACAGAAUCCAUUCUUCCAUUUCAGUUGGUCCAGCGUUCCUGACUCCUGGCGAGAAGAAAUGAAACGCCGAGUUAAUCAUAUGGAAGCCACGUGCCAAAAGACAAAUAGAUCGCUAGACGGCAGCACUGCAAAUAAAGGGCCGCUUAGUCACGUGAUGUACGUUGACGACAGACACCGCUUGAUUUUGUGUGCAAUGCCUAAAGUCGGUUGUACAAGCUCCAAACGCCUGCUCUAUGCCUUGACUGGCAAUAUAGAUAAGGAGAAUUACUUUAAAUUUGGCGAUAAUCGUGGAGGUUUAGUCACCAGUUACAGGAAAUAUCUACCAAGAUUGGAGCAUUUUUCAUCGUUUGGUGUUCAGUUUCGACUAAAAAGAUACUUAAAAGUCAUCCUAGUGCGCCACCCGCUAGAACGACUUGUAUCAGCCUACAGAGACAAGGUUGAGGGUGUCACUAAUGACGUUGUAUAUCCCCAAACUGCCAAAAAGAUUGCAAAAAUGUUCGAGGUCAACCCAUCUCCUGGAAUGCUCGCAGGAAAAGAGGGAGUUUCGUUUCCGGCCUUUGUGAAGUAUAUUUCAUCUCUGGACCCGAAAAAAGACUAUGACGGCCAUUUUGAAAAUUAUAAUCGAUUGUGCAGUCCGUGUGAGGUUCACUAUGACGUCAUCAUCAGGUGGGAAACACUGAGUCGUGACGUCAAAAUGAUGCUGGAGCUGCUAGGGGUCGCGGACAUAUUCGAAUUCCCAACAUCCGAAGGCCGGCAGCAUUCCACAGAAAUUUGGAAGAAGUAUUUUACCAGUGUCAACCGCACAGAUAUCAGAAAACUAUGGCGGCAUUACGACCUCGAUGCGCGCCUCUUUAAUUAUACCCUAAAUUGGCUUUAG